UCAUUUGAUGGUCCAUAAACAGCCCAGAAAUGCCAGCGUUCUCUCCAUAUUUCUAAUCGUACUUGCUCCCGCUACUUGGUGUCAUAUUACGCGUGCUUCACCCGAGUUAAACUGUUUUUUGAUUCCGUAUAGCUUAGCGGAGGUCUUUACAGUAGCUUGGUGGAAGUGAAGAAGGAGUGAAAGCAAGGGCUAGACGCGCUGCACCGAGAUUUGUUUUGUAUUAGCAAUAUUCAAGCAGGUUUGAGCAUCGGAUUAUUUGUACGGAGAUUUGCAACAGAAAAAUGAAGAUUUUCAUCAUCCUGUCUCUAGUCUUGCUUGAAUCGCAAGGAAGUUCUGCGGUUGAUUGUGUGUCCUGUCUGUACCUCGAGUCUGAUCAAGAUAUAUCAGUGCUGAAGUUAAUAUACCGGGAGCAUAUGGAUAGUAGAUGUGCUGAUAGCCCAACAAGCAUCAAUGAAACUGUUCCUUGUCCAGGAUCUUGCAUAUUUAGCCGCGUUACAGGGAAUAUAUAUAGAGCGCAAGAUUCGCCAGUCACCAUUACCUACCGGGGUUGCAGUCCCGUGGCCAGUCAAAAUGAGGGGUGUAGUUCCGUGUCCAGUGACCCCAAGGACAGCAACACCACGAGCCCUGGCCAGAAAAGCCUCCAGGAAAUCUUGGAUUACACUUUGAAGGGCGGCUACGCUAUUAAAAUAAUGGGAAAUUUGAAUGGGUCUAUCUGUGCCUGCAACUCCGAUAGCUGUAACGGACAAGACUUGUCGACUCCUGUUGUUCAAGUCCCAGAAACGCAGUGCCAUGAAUGUAUGUGGAUGGAGUACAAUUCCUCAGACCCCGAGUCUCAGCGGCAGUACGACCAGAUAAAUCCAGCCAGUGCUGGUCUCGAUGUGGAGUGUGUGAAUGACACAGCUAACACCCCACUCGUGCAGUGUGCUGGCUCCUGUCUCGUGCUGGAGUUUAAAGCAAAUAUGUCUAUCAACAAGUACCCCAAACCGGAGGAGAACUUAGAGAUAACCAUGAUAAAGCGGCAAUGUGCGGGACUACACUUACGUGACCAGAUUCAAACCCUCAGUGACAAAGACGGAUUAAGUUUCUUCCAGUUCGUUCCAAAAUCUAUCAAGAGUUUAAAGCAAAGGGCCGGAGCAUAUUUCAAUGCUGAGCUAACUUGGCGCACGUGCAACAAAGAUGGGUGUAACGAAGGGGACGUACUGACUUCCGAACAGAAAACGAGUGCCGCGCAUGGAUACAAUGUCCGUAGCAUAGUGCGUGAACUGACCAGAGUUUUGGCGCUAGUCAUUGUAACGGCCUUGUUUUGGAAAUAAGAGGCACGUUUAAGGGAUACGUUUGUUGUUCAUGUAUAAUUGUUGAAUAUUAGCCUGUUUGGAGUAUAUCAAUUUUCAGAGCAGGGCCUAUAAAUGCUGUACAGUGCAAAUGUAAAUUUUCUGUCACCAAAACUUAUUAACGUACAGUGUACUGUAGCUGGUAUGUACACUCCAUGAGGUGUACCCGCCAAAAUCGAUUUUCCUGGGAAAAUAAGCAUUUUUUUCGUACUCACGAAUCAUUUAUCUAUCCCUUUCUGCACUUGGAUUCGACCUUUGAUAAAAUCUAUAAAGGUUGAUUUUAGCUUAAAAUGACUGACCAGGUGUUAUAACAGUGAUCAUUUUCUAUACGCUCCAGUGGAAAUAUCAACGUCAGGUAUGCUCUAAAAAUAUUUAAGGGGUUAAAUCAUUUUAAUGUGUUAGUCAGUUUUUAUGAUAAAAUGUGGAUGGCGAAUAUAAGCAUUUUUGGGAUUUUCAAACCCAUGGAGUGUACCUUUAAUUAUUGCUAUGAAGUAUGUAAACAAUUCAAUGAAAUCUCUUUUUGGUUGUGAAAUGUUAAAAAAUAUUAUUGUAAAUUGAUUAAUAGUUUGCGAUGUUUAAAAAACUAUAAAAAAGCAUUUAAAAACAUGUACCAUUCGUUACUGUUAAAGUUUUGCAAACUGCAUACAGCGUUAACGAAGCCGUAAUCUAGUGUAAAGGGACUUUCUGCAUCAGCUGUAGUUGCACUGGUUAUAUACGUGGUUUACCGAUUGUUCAUUGUUAAUCCAGGAUGGUUGUGACGUAUCAAUCGAUGAAAAGGAAUGUGUACAUGUAAUGCCCUCCUUACACGAAAUCGCCAGAUAUUUGGAGUAGAUUUUGAUGCAUUAUACAUAAAUUUAGUUCGGCGGCUUAAUUAGACCCAGGGGAACGAUCGCCUGAAUCAUUUAUUCCUGCAGCAAGUUAAGUAUUGAGAAAUGUAAUAAAAAUCAUCCAGAUGCUUUU